AUGCAAGUGGACGAGUCAAGCAUUGACAGUACUCUGGAGGUCAUCGAGACACUUGCUCAGCGUGUUCUCAAGUUCACAGAAGCUGAUCUGCAGAAUCACAGUGUUAUUAUUUGUGCAGGAGACCAGCUCACAAACUCUCUUGUAAACAAGGCAUCUGCAUGCCGCCGUGAUGACAAAGACCUGCUUGAUAAUCCAUCCUGGUAUCUGAAGCCUCAGUUAGGCCUCUUUCAUGUCAAGAUGGCCACUCAGCGCAUGGUCGCAAAUGAACAUUGGGCCAUGGCAAACUCUAGUGCACCCUGGUCACUGUGGCGCAUGAACUCACUACUCAGAAGGAAGCCUAUCUCUGCAGGAUGGAAGGCAAAAAAGCUGAUGCCUUUCCACCCUGCACAUGAGCUCACAUUGACUCUGGUUCUACCUGCAAAUGUGCUUGAUGCACUUUGUAUAUUUGCUUGCAAAUACAGCCAGCACUCUACACUUGAAGCCUGGGCUGGUGCACUUCAAAGCCAUGCUGCACUUCACCAUGUGGCUGUUCUGCCUGAUGAUGUCCAAGAUCACACACUUGAGAACAUUGUUCUCUUCAACAAGGACACCCUCAUCUUACGUGAAUAUUACCAUGCCGUCAAACAUGGUGAUAUUGGGAGCAUUGUCAACAUCCUUGCCUUUUGGGUACACGAGUUUCGUGGUACUGGCUCCAUUUCCAAAUACUCCGAGGCUCUCCUAGAGGUUCUCAUGGAUCUAAAGACAAUGGACCCUUGCCUUUGCCAGGCAUACAAGAUGAGCUGGCUGUGA